UUCACUUACUGAGUAUUACAAAUACUUCUUCUCUUAUUAUAAAUAAAAAAAAUGUCUAUUACAGCGGUCAAUGCUCUUACUUCAUCGUUCUACGCGCUCCAAAACUGGAGCAUUACCAAUAUUCAUUGCCGAAAUCACGCCGAGUCAGUACAAAAAGUGACAAAAUUAUCAUUGUUUUCUUCCUCACCGAUACGUCUCACCCUUUUGUGAAAUGUUUUACAUAUGUACGAAAAUAAUGUGACAUGAAAUCGGUAAUACUCUUCCGUAAUGUAUCUCACUUAUUUGGGCGUUUAUUUCACUGUGCUCCGUUGAACCGUAAAGAGGUGGCCUAGGUUAUCACAAAUGCAGCCCAAAUGCAUUAUUGUCACGUGCCUAACGAUUGUAUGGUCAGCAGAAGUGUUGUGUGGAGAAGUAGAAAAUCGUCACAAACGAACAUUGGUCUUCACAUCGGACAGUGCCACCGGGAUCCUAAUUGCACUUUCCGUACCGCUGCUUAUACCGGAUAGAAACAUCUUUUUGGCGUACAAUUUUGAAGCAAACUAUGGAAUGCCGGGAAAGGCGAGUGAUUUCACGCAAGGUGUGCUAAAGAAGGUGGACAACGAUCAGAUACAUCCGGCACCAGAAGGUGAAACCGAAUCGGAACGUACAGUACGUGGCACGGGGACAAGAUUUACCCGCAAACAGAUGUACCGCACGAUCGAACUUAAUUUGAACCGGUACGGUUACAAUGGAAAAAAGUGCAUCCUGCGAAUGAUUUGCGAGAUCGCAACGUAUCCGGUACGCGAUGCAAAUGGAAUGAUCGGUGAUCUUCUACAGCUUCUGUUUACGUAUGUAUUUUUUCAUUUUAAAAUUAACAUUACUACAUUAUUACAUUUCUCUAUUUUUAAUACUUUACAGACCAUCGGCAUCGAGUUACGAGGAAUUGCCGAGCGAGUUCUACACGGCGGAGGAAAAAGGACAUCUGGAGAACUGUGCCAAAUAUGAGAAAUACUGUCCAAAAAGUCCACUAGAUAAGAUAAGCUUAGUUUUAUGAAGCAAGUGUUUAAACAAU